CGCAGCACUUGAUCGCCGAAGCUCUCUUGGCCCAGUCAGGAAUAUAAUCUCAGUGUAUUGGGAGCUAGAGGUAUAAGAAUAUGGAGAUUACAGUUUACAAAGCAGCACUAUUCACAUGCUUUCUUGCUGUAAUCACGGCCGUAUCGGCAAAUACUAAUUAUGCAGGAAGUUGCGUUACGCCAAUAGACGUUGCCUUCCUAAUGGACUCCUCUGGUAGUCUCGGUACAACUAACUACAAGAGGUUGAAAGAUACGGUUGGCAUCAUGGGUAAAUAUUUUGGAGUAUCACCAAUGGGAUCACACGCGGCAAUUAUCUUAUACAGUGAUAAUUCUUUAAUAUCUGCGAGAUUGGACCAGUUUUCGACACAAGCACAAUUUCAAACCAAAGUCAAUCGCCUCAGAUACUUAUCGCAACGUUCGCGCAUGGACGCGAGUCUCACUGCUGCGCAUAGCAGAAUCUUCACCCAAGCAGGAAACGCGCGAGACUAUCUUCCGAAGGUUGCCAUUCUCUUCACGGAUGGUCAACAGACAAGAUUUAGAGAUCGCGUACCGCUUCCUGACGCGGCGAAGAGAUUAAGAGAGAGAGGAGUAGAGAUCUUUGUGAUCGGAGUCGGUAACGGACCAAGCACGAAUGAGAUGGAAAGCAUGGUCGUGGACAAAAAAAAUCAUGUUAUGCGAAUUAGGAGUUUUAGGAUCUUGAAAGAGCAAAGUGAAUCAAUUGCAGAGAGAGUUUGUCAAUUAUUUGGAGCAAGAAAACAGGACGUGUCUCCUUAUCCUAUGGAUAUUGGGUUUAUGAUUCAUAUCCCGCCAAGCUAUAGAAGAAGAGAGCAGAACAAGGCAAAACAGUUUAUCGCUUCUGUUGCGACCACUCUUGGCGUAGAACUGCCAAAUUCCCGCGCUGCGUUUCUGCAGUACAACGAAACCGUCGGACCAGUUAUCACCUUCAGCGAAUUCUCUGGAUUGAAGAAAUUUUACGAUGAUUUAAGUUAUCUGUCGAAAAACGGCGAAAUGAGCAAAAUCGCCGUGGCCAUCAGCGAAGCAAGCAAGCGGAUAUUUUCUACUGAUUCGCGUUUGGCAGUUUCUCGCGUGGCUGUUUUGCUGAAAUUUGGGCAAGCAGAUGACAUACAGGAGGCAGAAGUUGCAGCGGCUCAGCUGAGAUUGAAAGGAGUCAAAUUAUUUGUUGUUCAUGUCGGAGAUGCCAGAGAAAUGGAUUCAAUACGCAAUCUCGUCAGUGAUGCAGAAAAUCUUUUCCAUGCCAAUGACGUUGCGGGCCUUGCAAAUGUUGUGAUACCAAUCCAUAACAAAAUCAUCAGCGAAUCAGUGCCGACUGCCAAAGAACUCUCUUCGUUGCCUGUUUCUUAUUCCAGCAUACAAGUCAAAUGGAUUCCCGCUUUUGACCCGAAAAAUGUUAUUUCUGGUUACGAAUUGACUUGGAAGGUCGUGGAGGAUGACAAAGGACGAAACGUCAUCAACAGUCCGCUGAGAUCAUCCGGUGUUUUGCCUGUAGACGCCAGUAAAUACGACAUAAAAAAUUUGACGCCAUACACCUUGUACAAGAUUUAUCUCCAACCACAAUGGGCACCUGGUGUACGUGGUGAUAUCCCAGAAACUCAAAGCAGGACAUUAGAAGACAUUGACGAAUGCUUGAACGAUCCAUGCGAUGAUAAUGCAAAAUGCACAAACACGAAGAGAUCUUUCACAUGUGAAUGUAAUACUGGAUAUACUGGAGAUGGAUUUACAUGCAGAGACAUCGAUGAAUGUCAGGGCAGUCCAUGCGAUGUGAAUGGCAUAUGUUCCAACAGUCCAGGAUCAUUUGAAUGCCGGUGCAACAUGGGCUUUUCUGGAAACGGCUUUUCGUGUUCAGACAUUGAUGAGUGCGAGGGCAGCCCAUGUGAUGCAAAUGGUGAAUGCUACAACAAUCCCGGGUCAUUUAAAUGUUCCUGUAACACUGGGUAUACUGGAAAUGGAUUUACCUGUUCAGACGUUGAUGAAUGCGAGGUCAGUCCAUGCUCCGCAGAUGGCAAAUGCUCGAAUAAUCCAGGAUCAUUUGAAUGUGACUGCAAUAUUGGGUAUGCUGGAAAUGGGUUUACUUGUUCAGACAUUGAUGAGUGCGAGGGAAGCCCAUGUGAUGCAAAUGGUAAAUGCUCAAACAAUCCCGGUUCAUUUGAAUGUUCCUGUAAUACUGGGUAUGCUGGAAAUGGAUUUACCUGUUCAGAUAUUGAUGAGUGUCAGGGCAGUCCGUGUGAUGUAAAUGGCAAAUGCUCCAACAAUGCAGGAUCAUUUGAAUGUGAAUGUAAAAUCGGAUAUUAUGGAAAUGGAUUUACUUGUGAUGAUAUAAAUGAAUGCUUGCGAAACCCUUGUGACAUCAAUGCAGCGUGCAGUAAUAACGAUGGUUCGUAUUCAUGCGCUUGUAAAACAGGUUAUUCUGGAGAUGGGUUCUUUUGCGCAGACAACAACGAGUGUAACAACAGACCUUGCAAUGAAAACGCCAAAUGUCAAAACUCAGCAGGAUCAUUCUCAUGUUCUUGUAACAUCGGAUAUUUAGGAGAUGGAUUUACUUGUGAAGAUGUGAAUGAAUGCAAUAAUGAAGUGCCCCCGUGUGAUGAAAAUGCAAAAUGUUUUAACAACGAAGGAUCUUAUUACUGCGAAUGCAACGCUGGAUAUAAUGGAAAUGGAAAAAUAUGCGCUGCGGUCAACAUAUGUAGUUAUCCCAUGGACCUCGCCAUUGCUAUUGAUACCUCAGACAGUAUCACACAUAGUGACUUCGAAAUUCAGAAAUCUGCUGUGAUAAUGUUGGCACGAAGUUUUGGACUUUCUGACUCUAAAACCCACGUUGCUGUGAUCGUGUAUGGCUCAGAAUCAAGAGUAGCGAUCAAUUUAAGUGACCACGUCGAUUUGGAGAGCUUUGCGAAUGCGGUACGCAGCAUAAAAUACGAGGGUGGUCAAACAAGGAUUGAUCUGGCGCUUGCAAUCGCCUCGAACAGCGUGUUCACUCCUUCUGGUGGUGCACGUGUUGGCAUGCCUAAAAUGCUUAUCAUUAUGACAGACGGACAACAAACGUCUGCUCCAGAUGCAAUUGAACUCAGUGAUGCUGUAGCACCACUGGCAUCUAUUGGCAUCCAUAUAGUUAGCAUUGGUAUCGGUCACGAGGUGGACGAGUACGAAUUAAUGGCAAUCUCUGAAUCCAGGAAAAAUAUUUAUCACGUGAAGACUUUCGAUACACUGUUUGAUACAGUUACCGUUGUGGGACAAUCCCUUUGCCAGAAAGCACAGAAAGAUUGCAAGAGACAUGCUGACAUUGUCCUGCUGGUGGACUCUUCUGCGAGCAUGCGUGGUGGCAACUACCUUAAACAGAAGACAUUACUGAAAGCCAUUGGCAGAGAAUUUGACGUUUCAAUGUAUGGCAGUCAUGUGGGUAUUGUUUUAUACAACAGCGAAGCCGAGGUUAUCACUGGUUUUAACAACAAGACGACCUUGAAAUCUUUUGAAAAUAUCGUAGACAACCUGCCUCUGAAAGGGGGGAAGAUUCGCUUAGAUAAAGCUCUUCGUUUGGCAGCAUCGGAUGUUCUUACCAAAGAGAAGGGCAUGCGAAGUGAAAAUAUUCCUAAAAUCCUAUUCAUUCUCACGGACGGCACACAGAAUAAGAAAUGCGACGAGGAGGCACUAGAGUUAGCAAUUGCGCCAUUGCGUAAUGAAGGCGUUCAUGUGAUUGCCAUUGGCGUCGGGGAGGCGGAAAAGAACGAGUUGAGACCUUUGGUUAAAACACAACGCGAUCUCUUUAUUGGAGAUGAUUUUGAAGAAGUGACUGAACCUGUGUUGGACUUGAUAAAAGUCUUGUGCAAGGAAACCGAACAAUUAUGUAAUCUUGGGUCACAGUAUGUCGACAUAAAUGUUGACGGCUGCAUCAACGAAUAUCCCGUGGAAGUUGUUGUCUGUGACGGUAAGUGUUCCUCUGGCACUCGAUACAUCAAUGAAGCACCGUUCUACGAAGGACGCUGUAGCUGUUGUUUUCCUAGUGUUCUUAAUUCCAAAGAUGUCAUAUUGAAAUGUCCAAACGACACCACUAAGCGUCAUCGUAUCACCGUACCAGCAGCCUGUGCCUGUCGUAGCUGUGGCAAUACUGCCGCUGCUCCACCUAUUGAAAAUAAAGAGAAUGAAGCAAAAAUUGACACGCCUGGAAUAUAGUCGUAUUACUACGUAAAAAAUCCAUAUAACCGCAGAAUUAGUUCUUAUUCGCGCCGUUUAGUACUUAUUAGAUAUGCAUGAUCUCGUUCAAAUAUUUGCAAUUUUGAGCAAAGGUAGAUAUAGAUACAUAGUAGGUGAACAUAUCAAGACCCAUUGUAUUCGUUAUUUGAGGGAAAAAUUUAAGUUGUACAAUCAAUUAUGUAGUAGAAUGUAACUUGUGGAUUCUUAGAUUAUAGUAGCUUCUACAUAGCCUCUGUACGUGUGCUGUAUAAUUAAUUAACAGGGUGGUAUCAUAAUGUAUAU